AUGGAUUCAAUCCCGACGAUUCAACUUGCUAAUGAUCACACUGCGAUUGAAACCUUGCUUGAGAUCCAACGCAACGAUCCAAAAAAGAAAAAACUACGGUCCAAGGAGUUUGUGAUUGACGACGGCAAGAUGACUUGGCGCAGUUGGACCAUGCGCGAGCAAAUUUACAAAAAGAAGAAUAAUGGACUGUCGACACAGGCACGCGGAUUGUUUACGACGACUGUAGGAAGCCAACAUGUCGUUGCUGUACGCGGAUACGACAAGUUCUUUAAUGUGCUUGAAGUAGAAUCCACUCAGUGGCCAGAUCUGAUGUCGAAAACACGAGGACCUUAUGAAGUUACAGCUAAGGAAAAUGGAUGCAUUAUUUUCAUCACGGCCCUAUCAAAAACAAAGCUCGUCGUCACGUCAAAGCACUCGCUUCCUGAUCCGCAAGACGACCCUACUGCUCACGGUGGUGUUGGAUACCGGUGGAUGAUCAAGCAUUUGGAGAGCGUCAGCAAGACUGAAGCCGAUCUAGCAAGUUGGAUAUAUGACAAGAAAUUGACCUUGGUAGCAGAGCUAUGUGAUGAUCAAUUCGAAGAACAUGUCUUGGCAUACAAUGAAAAGGAAAGCGGCCUGUACCUCCAUGGCAUCAACUACAACACAACACUCCUCCACACUUUGCCCAGCGCAACGGUUCAACAGGUAGCCGAACAUUUUGGCUUCCAUCGCACUGAAUUUGUCAAACUCGAAACCAUGGAACAAGUCCGGAAGCUGUCCGACGAGAUUGAAGAAACAGGCGAGUUUCAAGGCAGACCCAUCGAAGGCGUGGUCAUCCGUUGCAAGCGGGACGAGAAGGAUUUCUUUUUCAAAAUCAAAAAUGACCAUUAUCUCUUGUUCCGAGAGUAUCGAGAAAUCACCAAAGCGCUGCUUGAUGUUGAUAAGGAUACCAAUCAAGUUAGCGUCAAGGCAGACGUCAAGCCGCGCUGCGAGUAUGAAAAGUCAAUUUACUAUGUGUCUUGGGUCAGAGAACGGAUCGUGGACCACCCAGAAUGGUUCCAGGAUUAUAAAAAGAACAAGGGCAUUAUUGAUGUGCGGGAACGCUUCGAGCGGUUCUGGCAAACGGCGGAUUUGAAGCAAUUAAAGGGGGAUCCAGUGUGUGGCAUUGCUCAAGCGAAACGGUGA